AUGUUUACUAUCUGUCUAAUUCUGUUCCUGUCUAUCUAUCUAUCUAUCUAUCUAUCUAUCUAUCUAUCUAUGUUUAUUAUCUGUCUAAUUCUGUUCCUAUCUAUCUAUCUAUCUAUCUAUCUAUCUAUCUAUCUAUCUAUCUAUGUUUAUUAUCUGUCUAAUUCUGUUCUUGUCUAUCUAUCUAUCUAUCUAUCUAUCUAUCUAUCUAUCUAUCUAUCUAUCUAUCUAUCACCAUGUUCUUUCUUUCAUUUUCCGCGUCGGCUGUAUUCUUUUGUUUGUAUGUUUACUCCUUUUUCUUUCUUUUUCCUUUUUAUCUAUCUAUUUAUCUAUCUAUCUAUCUAUCUAUCUAUCUAUCUGGCUAUCUGCGGGUUGUCUAAUGUAAUCUAUCUAUCUAUCUAUCUAUCUAUCUAUCUAUCUAUCUAUCUAUCUAUCUAUCUAUCUAUCUAUCUUUCUUUUCUUUCUUCCUUUCAAGAAUUCUUUCUUUAUUUCGAUUUUAUUUGUCUUUCUUCUUUGUUUCUUUUAACCUCGUCUUCUUUCUUUCUUCUCCCUCUCUGUCUGUUUCUUUCUUUAUAUUCAUCUCAUUGUUUUUAUUUUGUCUGUUUUGUUGCCAAUUUCGUUCUUUUUAUCUAUCUAUCUAUCUAUCUAUCUAUCUAUCUAUACGCUCAUGUUUAUCUGUCUAUUGAUAUCUAUCUAUCUAUCUAUCUAUCUAUCUAUCUCAUCUAUCGAUAUCUAACUAUCUAUCUAUCUAUCUCAUUCUAUCGAUAUCUAUCUAUACGCUCAUAUCUAUCUCAAUCUAUCGAUAUCUAUCUAUCUAUCUAUCUAUCUAUCUAUCUCAAUCUAUCGAUAUCUAUCUAUCUAUCUCAUUCUAUCGAUAUCUAUCUAUAUGCUCAUAUCUAUCUCUGUCUAUACGGUAUCUAUCUAUCUAUCUCAGUCUAUCGAUAUAUAUCUAUAUGCUCAUAUCUAUCUCAGUCUAUCGAUAUCUAUCUAUCUAUCUCAUUCUAUCUAUCUAUCUAUCUAUCUAUCUAUCUAAUUCUAUCGAUAUCUAUCUAUAUGCUCAUAUCUAUUUAUCUAUCUAUCUAUCUAUCUAUCUAUCUAUCUAUCUAUCUAUCUAUCUCUUGCCACUUCCUAUUUUCUAUCAAUAUCAAUUUGUCCAUUCUCUCUAUCUCUUUGUCCAUCCAGUUUAUUGUUCCUCGUCACUUUUCCUUCUUCAUUUUUUUUCAAUUUCUAUCUACAUUUUCUUUCCGUCCAUUUUUAACAAUCUUACCACUUCCCUGA